AUGAGACUUUCGUUUGGUAAACAGCGUUAUCAUGGCGGAACCACGGUGGCAUUGAAUGAACAAGGCGUUUCCGAUUCCUUGCACGCUGCGCAAGCUAUCUUUCAAAACCAUUCCAGCGAGGGCAGUAGACCGUCUCCUCCAUUUACAGUGCAUACCAAUGCUCAAAUAAGGUCACCAGAGCCUUCGCUACAAAGGCCUAGACAGAAGCAAGAACAAAAGAAGGCACGGAUACGAACAAAACAGAUUCCCAAGAUCAAAACGACAGCGCCCAAUGGUAUCGAGUUGUCAAGAAAACAAACUUCAAAACCCGCAGAUAGAGAUAAUGUUGGUACUGCACAAAUGGCCGCGGCUUUAGCACAUUCACAAUCCAAACUUAACUCAGACAAUAAUCAGCCUCAUUCUUCAACAUUGGAUACAUCAAGAGUAUUGGAAACUCCAAAUCUGAGUGGUUUGCUCAGGAUUCAAUCCCAUUCAUCAUCGGGAAACACUUCUAAUGAAUCAUUGACGCUUGCCCAAAGAACUGCUGAUAACAGAUCUCAGGAAAACUUGUUUAGUCCGUUUAGUUCUAGUGAAAGGCUGUCCUCGAGCUCUACGGAACCUGCGACUAAUAAAGAUGGCAAGAAAGCUCUACUCAAACGUCGGCCUUCUCCUCCCUUGCAGACAUCAACCGUCGAUAAUGGUCUCCUCCAUGAAACUGAAAAUAUGUCGUCAGUCAGUAUCGAUUCGAGGCAUAGUCUAAAUCUAGACACUUCAGACGUUAUUUCAAAUAGGUCUCAAAUGAGUCUAUCUCAGACAAUUAACCAACUUUCGUUAUAUGAAUCAGAACCAUCCAUUGCAAGCUCAAGUACUACGACGACGACGAAUAACCAGGGAAGCGGGUUGCCCAACUUGGUUCCGAAUUACUCAUCCGAUAUGAGAAAGAAGAAGCUGGUCAAUAAGUUCAAACAGAAAGUUUUUGGCGCUAAGCCUAACCACACACCUUCACAAUAUGAAGGGGAUGCGACUAAUGAAGAGUUAGGGCAACAUGAGCAACAGUCAAGUAUGAAAUUCAAGACAACACUGCGUAAAACCUCUGUAAGCGCAACCCCUGAAAACAAUCAUACGUACUCGCAACACGCAAGAAAUGUAAGGUAUAAAUACAAUUCUGCAAACGACACUUAUGAUAUAUAUAGCGAUACUGACUCUGAUUCUGGGUCUGAUCAGGAUCAAGGUACUCUAACCAAGCCGCGUAAAAGAGAUAGAUUUAAAAGAAAGAUUAAGAACUCUGCCAAUAAAACAACACAUCAUAGGCCUAUUCACCGUACAAGGAAUCGAAAAUUUAAUGAGGAUAAGCCUUGGAAAUCCCAUACAGAUAUAACAUUCGUCACGGACAAUGAAAGAAAGCGUUACGAAAGCAUGUGGGUGAGCAACAGACACCGCCAUCUGGACCUGUUAAGUUGGUGGCCUACAUUGAACAAUGAAUCUGUAGUAAUCAACACUUUACCAGAGGAUGGAUUGAUCUUGAAUAUCAUAGUCUGCGAUAUAUGGAAGCGGUCCAACUUACCGGAUAGUCUGUUGGCAGAAAUUUACACUAAGGUAGACACAAGGAAAGAUGGUACGUUAGAUAGAAAAUCUUUCAUUGUGGGUAUGUGGCUGGUCGAUCAGUGCCUCUAUGGCAGGAAACUGCCCAACGUUGUCGAACAAUGCGUAUGGGAUAGCGUGGAUAGAUAUGCUUCGACUACCGUAGUGCCAGUGAGUACGCUCAAGGCGAUGGCUAAACAAAAGAAAAAACAAAUGAAAGAAGAAAUCAAGAAUAUCAAGAAGGAAAACCGAGUAGUUCUCAUAGACCACAAUAGCCCAUCGUGA